GUUUUUCUAAUCGGCGGGAUAAAAAAUCUUAAGCGUAGGCAGGAAUUGCCGCUCUCAAUUUACAACGAGCUUCGUAAGUUAGUGCUGUAUUCAUGUCAUAAUCGUAUAAAUGAAACUGAUUAGUACGAGUAGUAUGAUGUGAUAUCAGUGAAGUACUUAUUUACGAGCAAGGCUACAACGUAAAUAUGCUGAUAAAAAUCACUUGAUAAGAUUGCGCGAAAAAAAAUCCUGAAAGAAUGGAAGACCCGCUUUUGAUAAAUAUCCAUAGGACGAAAUUUCUAGGCGAAUUCAUUACGGCGAUACAACGUAUGAAUUAUUCGCGCGAGUAAAUAUUUCAGCGCGGUGAAAAAUGAUUGAUCGAUCGCCGGCGCAACGUUGAAGACGCGAUUGCAAUUGGUGUGAAUUAGGAGCAUAAAAGAGAAAAGGAAAGAGAUCGAUGCAGGGAAGAGAACAGAAUAGAAUAGAAUUUAAUUUGUUUUUUAUAGGUCUGUGUCCUCUAAGAAAAAAAAAGUAUUUUUUUUUUUUAGUGUUGUUUCACACAUGCAUGCUACAGUGAAGAAUGACAAUACAAAAAGUAAGUAAAAUAAAAGAAUGAUAUACAAAAAUAAAAUAAGCUGACAAAAGAUAAGAGAGAGAGAAAGAGAGAGAGAGAGAGAGAGAGAGAAAGAAAAAGAUAGAGUGAAAGGGAGGGGGUAUAUGAUGUAUCGUACGGGCCACGUUGUUCCGUUUCUGUUGCGCGAACGAGAGGCACGAAGUUACGAUUUGUCACAAAGACGGUCUGCGUCCUAUAUGUGUGCAUUGUACAGUCAGUAGCGUCAGUGCUAGUGGUCAGUGCAGUGCCCGGUACGGUGCGACGCGUACUGUACGUUUUCCGAUGCGGCGAACAAGAUCGAGAUCGAGUGAACGCAACGCGGUGGAGUUUCCGUUUACGCAGUAGCCCGCUCAUAAAGUCAGGCGGCAUAAAGUGCCUUUUCUGUUAUUAGGGUCUUCGCUAAAAUGUUUCAGAGAGACGGAGUGAGACUCAGACAGCACACGUCGAAGAGAACGUUGACUGAGUUACCUUACGAAAACAGAAUUGCUUCGAGGAAACAAGAUAUACUGCCAAAUGAUACCCAACAUCUUCUCUUUGUUCUUACGUACUUUCUCUUCUUGUCCUUCAUUAUAAUCGUCUUAGAGAGGAAUUUGCCUGAUCCAAUUACUAUUGACACGGAAGGAUUACAUCCUGGAAAAUUCGUUGCCGAGCGAGCUCGUAAUCAUAUCGUGAAUCUUACGUCGAUUGGACCUCGUAUCGCCGGCAGUUACGAGAACGAAGUCCUAGCUGUAAAAUAUCUAACAACAACGAUCAAUAAUGUGAUGAGAACGGCGCACGAGAAUCACAGGAUCCUCCUUAACAUUACAAAGCACAGCAGCGCGUUUCCACUUAAGUUUCUUGAUGGCAUGACUAAUGUCUAUAGAAAUGUACAAAACGUUAUUGUCAAAGUCGGACCCCACAGGCCUACAAUGCAUAGCUUAUUGCUUAAUUGUCAUUUUGAUACGUUUUUAGAAAGCCCAGGUGGUUCUGAUGACGCCGCUGGUUGUGCUGUAAUGCUAGAAACUUUACGGAUAAUAACUCAAAGUCCGAGAAUAUUGAAGCACAGCGUUAUAUUUUUAUUUAAUGGGGCAGAGGAAAAUUUAUUGCAGGCAUCUCAUGGUUUCAUAACGCAACAUCUUUGGGCAAAGGAUGUACGAACAUUCAUAAAUUUGGAGGCAUGUGGCGCUGGUGGUCGCGAAUUAUUGUUUCAAGCUGGACCUCACAAUCCUUGGAUUCUUGAGGUUUACGCCAAAUCCGUACCAUAUCCUUAUGCAUCAUCGUUAGCUCAGGAAAUAUUUGAGAGUGGUAUAGUACCUGGUGAUACAGACUUUCGAAUAUUUAGAGACUUUGGAAAAAUUUCUGGGCUGGACUUUGCAUGGUCAAAAAAUGGCUAUGUAUACCAUUCUAGAUUUGAUAACGUUGAUCAAAUACCGCUGGGAGCUUUACAACGAACCGGCGAUAAUAUUCUUGCAUUGACGCAAGGAAUAAUAUUCGGAGAUUAUUUAUCGGACGUGGAUGUGCAAGAGACACGGGGUAAUCUCGUGUUCUUCGACUUCUUGGGUGCAUUCGUUAUUAGAUGGCCACAAUACAUUGCCAGUACAGUUAAUAUCGCCAGUAUGAUUAUAGCUGGGUACUCUAUCCAUUUGAAUAUGCAGAGUGCACGUAGAAAUAUUAAAAAAUGGAUGUACAUGAAAUAUGUGCUGAUGUGUGUCGGAGUGAUCAUGACUUCGUGGUUAGCAUCUAUAUUUUCUUGUACAUUAAUCGGCCUGAUCCUGACCAAGCUGGGAAAAGUGAUGAGUUGGUACGCAAGACCGGCGUGGCUGUUUUUCUUAUAUGUUUGUCCAACUGUUUUUAUAUCGAUGAUCGUAUUCCUACAGAUCGGAUCGAGGCAGAAAAAAGAAGUUGGUUCUGCAUGGAUUUUGUAUCAUAUGUACUAUGACGCGUAUUCCCUGAUAUGGAUGUUGAUUCUCUUCAUAUGCGUUUUAUUUGGAAUACGAUCGGGCUUUAUACCGCUCCACUGGGUUUUAUUCCCAUCACUUGGAAAUAUUGCGCGACACAAUUUCUUCAGCAAAUGGAGAGACUGGAAAUGGCUUUGUUACCAAGUGGGAUCGUUAAGUUUAUCUUAUAUACAGGUAUUUUAUUUAACGCUCGGUGCUCUCUAUCUCUUCAUUCCAAUAAUGGGACGGUCCGGUGGCAGUAUUAAUUCUGAAGUUGUAAUAGCUAAUAUGCUGUCACUAUCAUUCUGCCAUCUAUUAUGCUUCACGUUGCCAAUAGUGCUUCUAAUAAAGAAUGCCGAACGAAUUAUAAGUGUGAUUGUUGGAAUUUUCUUAAUUGCUAUUGCUGUAUUAAUUCUAACACCACUUGGAUUCCCUUACAGUGGUGAUCGGUUGUCGCCUGCUCCACAACGAUUUAUGAUUGCGCAUAGUCAACGUCAGUAUUACAAUGUAGAUGGUAGUGAUAGGUAUUUUGGUACGGGAUACUGGUUAGUGGAUUUAGAUAUGAAUAGUCCUUACAGUAUAGAAUCGAUAGUACCUGAAAUAGCUGCUGCGACGCCAACAGUCAAGGAUUGCGAGAAGGAAUUAUACUGCGGUUUUCCAUAUUUAAUGCCGGUUACAACUUUCUUGUGGAAAACUACCUGGAUACCAGGACCCGCUCCGCUCAUAAGUAUUCCUACAAAUCUCGAGGUAAUUUCGAAGACUACGAAACAGCAUGUUGUUAAUUUUACCUUUAAUGUUACAGGUCCUGACCACAUAGGUAUAAUUUUGUCUCCAUACAAAGGUGUUCAUCUAGAAAAAUGGUCUAUACUUGACGGGAAACCAUUGCAAGGUCCAAGAUGGAACAAUAGAGAGACUUACUUUAUUUAUUAUGCAUGUGCCUCAGACUGCGUGCCAUUUACAUUUUCUAUUGAACUGAAUGUAUCUACAGAACAAAAAGGACCGUGUUUAUCCAUCGCAUUAGCUGGACACUUCUUACAUGGCGAACACCAAAAAUCCUUGAGAUUUAAAAAAUUUCUGGCACAGUUCCCGUCAUGGACUGUCAUCGCUCCCUGGACGGCAUCGUAUAAGUCAUGGGAAUUAUAAGAUGUAAAAACUACUGAGAGGACAAUUGAUAUGGUAAACGUGAACAAAGCAAUAUUGUCCUAUAGCAAAUCGUCUCUCGCGAAUUAACAAAGUAGUCCAAUAAAAUGGUACUACGCUUUUGGCGUAUGAUGAGAUAUGAAACCUAAUGCCAUAUAAUAUUGUUUAAUGCCAUAACGAUGUAAUAUCGUUUGAAAAUACUUAGAUUUAGUCUUCAAAUACUUCCUAAGAUAUUACAAUUUGAAUAUCGACAAACGUUAAAUGCGAUAGAAAAUGGGACGAAUAAAAACGUUACCAUUCGAAUUUAUAUAUGAAUUUUUUUACUUGCAUAUAUUAUCAUUAAUAGAGACGAUUUCGAACUAGUCUAAGACGUUGAUUCGGAUUUAAAUCCUAAAGAGAUAUCUAAAAAAACUCAUAUAUAUAUAUAUAGAGAGAGAGAGAGAGAGAUAUUAAAAUAUAUUGCCUGGGCGCUUUCAAAGGUGAUAACUACAAUUAUUUUUCAUAGAAGCGUACGAUAAUAUUGCAUAUCAUAAGCUUUAGACUGAUUCCAUGCGUUAUCUUUCGAUUUGAUAAUUUUUACGAAGAAAACAAAUCGCCCGAUAAAGGAGAAAUUUCAUUAAAAUCUAAAAACUCGAAUUUUAUUAUGAUAUAUAGAAACUCUGUGAUUGCAUGACGUACGCUCUCUUAGUACGCUUCAAAUUUACUGAAAAUAUCAAAAUAUCAGUACUAGUUCAAAGUACCAUCUCACAUGAGAUAACUAGAUGAAUAAUUACAUAAUUAGCGCGCACACAUUAGUGUGUAUUAUCGACAUGUUUUAUAAAAAUGACGCAAGUGCUGUCUAAGACGUUUGUAGACUAUAAUACGUGCUUUAAUGCUUGAGAGCUCUUACAUAAAUGCAAAAAUUCACGGUUUGAUCUACUAUUUGGUCUAAAAUACAGAUUUAAUGCUGUCAUCCAUGCCAAAAUCUCUAGGCAAUGUUUCAAUAUACACUACCAGUACUGAAAAUCUAUAGUGCAUUACGUAUACUAUAGUUAUAUGUACGCGUACUAUAGUUAGUUUUUCAGUUCUGGCAGAGUAUAUCGGAACAUAGCCAUAAUAAUAGACAGUCACUAAGUGACAGCACGUGCAUAGUACAUAAUAGUACUUUAUAUUUACGUCGUGAUAGUUUAUAUCACAAUGAAUAAAAGUUGCUCGAGAUAUAAGAUAAUCAAAUAUGCGUUUCAAAGAAAUUUUAUAUUUCGGCUAAUACAAUAGAAUAAAUUUUAAAUAUAUGCAGAUACAUACAUGUAUGUAGAAUAUGCCUAAUAAGUUGCAUUCUAUUCUUUAAUUUGAAUAUUUUAUUUACAUCUUACAUGUCAAUGAAUGUCUCCAUGAAUAUUAGCAUUUUGUAGAAGAGCUCAUUAUUUGUAUUCUUGCACAAUCUAUGAAUCAUUCCUCUUUUUUUCUAGUUCUAAAUAAAAAAUAAUAUUUUUAAUAGCAUAUCAAACAAGUUGAGACUUGACAUAAAUAUUCCUGUAUAUACGAAUUAACAAUUUUUAGUAACUUAGGACCUAUUUUUUUUACUACCUUUUUACUAUAGUAAAGGUAUCAAGCUUGUCUUUAAUUAACUUUUCCGUUUCUCUGUACAUGUUUUUUCUCAAUGAAAAUGUUUCUUUUCUUUCGCCUACAUUAAAAAUAUUUUUAAUAAGAAUUCACA